AAGAUUAUAUUCCCAUCUCUGUUUAGUAGAGACAUACAAGAAAAGUAAAAUUUAGCGUAGCAACAACCACUGACACAACUGACAACCUCAACGACAAUCGAAUCGUCUUUCUUCCACGAAGUACGCAUUACACGAACGAAACGAAACGAACUCAUCUUACUACCCAGCAACGGCCAACGGCGGCCAUUGUGAUUUACCGACGACAGAAGAAGACAAAAGGACGUACACAACGUAAGCGCGCUGGUCAAAAAGGAAAUUCCAGCUAUAUUGUGAUAAAAUUUCGCACAAGAAAAUCUAGUUAUUUCGUUUCCUUGCUGUGUAAAUGUUUUUGUAACGGUUUAUAUUGCAUUAAUUGCUUGUGGGUGCAAUAUUUACGAAUAUUUUUAACGGCUUAAAAGUGCGUGUACUGCCUUUUGGAGAAAAGUGGGACGGGCCCUUACGGGUGGCACGUAAAAGUGAUCGUCACUUGGAAAGCCAUUGGUUAUAAAGUGACUUGAAUCGAGCAUACUUUGGUGAAUUGAAUAACUAUAAACUGAGGAGCAAAAGAUUGCUCAAUAAGAACGAGUGCAGCUUCGCCGCACUUUAAGUUUUAUUCAACUUUUCCAAAACCACACAAAAGCGGAAAAGACCACACAAGAUGGAACGUAAAAAGGUGCUGGAAUUGGAUAAGAUAUGUCGCGUAUGUAUAGCUGAACGCAAAGAUAUGCGUCCAUUGUUUAGCGAGAAAAUUGCGGAAAUGCUGAUGGAAUGUGCCUCUGUAAACAUUGAAGAUACUGAAGGUUGGCCUGACAAAAUUUGCAUCCAGUGUGUUCAUUCUGUCUCACGUUGCCACGCGUUCAAGAAGCUAGUGGAACGCAGCGACAAGGAGCUAAGAGAAUAUAUCAAAAGCCUGACGGUGCGUGUGGUGAUAGAAGACUCGAGUGAGGUAAAGAUGGAACAGGCAACGCAGCCAAAAAUUUUGUCACAGAAGCCUCCUAAAUUGCAACUUAUACAGCCACAGACUCAAUUCCAAUUGCAGACACAACACAAUCAAUUGCAGCUGCAACAACAGCAAUUAAUUUUGCAACAACAGCAGCAGCAGCAAAACCAACAACAGCAGCAACAGCAAAACCAACAACAGCAACAGCAGCAACAACAACAAUUGCAGCAAAUACAGCAUUUACAACUUCAAUCACAGCAGCCCGCGAAACGUAAAGCCAUUAGCACAGCACGCAAAUCUCAGCGUCAGUCAAAAAAACCACAUUUGCUGCCGCAGCCUGUGCAACAACAGCACCAGCAUCAGCAAACUCUUGAACAAGUGUCAUUGCAAACGAUGGUGCCAAAUGUUACACCCACACGUACGCAAGCGCAGUCAGCUAACCAGCAUCUGCAAACAGCACAAGGGACGUUACAAACGCAGCCGCAACCUCAACAGCUAAUAUCCACAGCCGCCUUGCCGCCACAGAUAGUACUGCCCAAUGGGCAAAUACUCACCACUGCGCAGAUUGUCACCCACGCUGGGCCACCACAGAUUGCGCAGAUCAUAAGCACUGCGAAUGGUUCAGCGGUGCAAACAAAUCCAGCCACCACUACGGUGACUGCGCAACCACAAUUCACGCCGCAGAUCAUACAAACAUCCAGUGGGCAGACAUUACAUCUGAUACAACAGCCGAAUGGACAGCAAACAUUGCAGUUGGUACAGGUUUUGCCGCAGCGCACUUUAGCCACAACAGUAAAUGGUGCCAGCGUGAUGGUAACCACUGCAGAGGAUGGCACUACGACAAUUGUCGAUGAUGAUGCCUUAAUCACGCCAGACGAACAUCACCUUAUCGACGCAGAUGAUGGUGAUCUAGAAGAAGAAGAUGAACAAAUUUGUGAGACGAUUGUGGUGGAAGAUGAUCAGCUGACACACCAGCAGUUGCUUGCUGGCCACCAUACUAUCGUGGAUGAGGAUAAUUUAUCGCAGGGCGAAACGCAAGAACUGGAGUACCUUGAGGAUGUAACUGUGACCACGUCGAAUGCGGGACAUUCGCAACAUCACCAACAUCAUACUCAGCAUUAUCAACAGUUAAGCGAUUGUGAUGGCGACGCAAGCCAGCAACAUCAUAUACAGCUGCAUGAUGAGGAUGAUAUUAUUGAAGAAAUACACAUGGAAGAGGAGGAACUGCUCGAGGAUGACGGCGCGGACGUGAUGCAUGUAAUGGAGUCGGACGGUAGGGAAUUCAUAAGUGAUGAAGAUGUCAGCCAGCAGCAAUUAGUUGGCGAGAACGGUGAUCCGCUUCAGUACACUGUGAUGGAGGCGGGCACAGACGACGAUGAGCUCGUUGAAACGGACGUCAAGGAGGUGCUGCAAGCCGCUUGUGGUUCCGACAUGCACACUGUAGUCGAUUUUAAUCAAACUGUCAACAAUGUAUCAAGUGGAAAUGUGAGUGUAGGUGGUGCGUCUGUAGGCAGUCAAACACCAACACCUAAGCGUCAGCGUAAAUCGAAUUCCAAGGCUGUGGCGAAUUCACGCCAGCUCGUAGCUACCGCCUCCUCGAUAGCGACAUCGGGUGCCGCGGACGAUUUUGAAAUCGAUCCCAAAUUAAUAGCCGAAUUUAUAAGUCAGCAAACUAGUGUGCUCGGUUCCGGCCGUCACGUAUGCAAUUUGUGUCGUCACGAAUUCAAACAAUUUAAAGCAUUGCAUAAUCAUAUGCAUCAGCAUUCGAAUUGGAUACGCGCAAACUGCAAGAAGCAACCGCAAUGUGAGAUCUGCUCAAAGAGUUUCAAAGGUCCAGGCAUGCUUAAGAUGCACAUGAAGACGCAUCAGUCAGCGGCGCGCACACCCACCUGUAACAUCUGCAACAAAAGUUUCAAAUCAAAAGCGAUAUUAUAUCGUCAUCGACAGACACAUCAACUGCGUUCCUACGCCUGUGCUGUAGAUAAUUGCCGAAAAACAUUCUCAAUGCCGCAAACGCUGCGUACGCAUGCCGACAACAAACAUCCUAAUUCACAGCAGCCGAAGUUCAAAUGUGGCGAAUGUGGCAUACACUUUGAAGAUGUGGAUAUGUUGCAUACGCACGUACAGGCGGGUGUGCACAGUGGCACGGUGACAAUAGAGAAUGGUAGCGGCGGUGUAGGGGACAAUGAUGAACCUGGAGGCUCGGCGGGUGGCAGUAUAGAUGGCACUGGUUGCAUCGAUGGCAGCAUGACGGGCAAUACAAUAAUUGUGGUUACGCAGGGGUAAUUGUACAGCUACUAGGCAGACGGCAAUGCCUGCGCUCAUACCCCUAUUGACUUGUCACUCACAGCCAGUUUUGUAAAUUCAUUGGUUUCCUCCCUGAAGAAAAAUGCUUUCCCCAUGUGCUAGUUGUAGUUUUUAAUUUGUUUAAAACAAAACAAAAAAACAUAGAUGUAAAUAAUAUAGAAUUAUUUUUCAAUAGUGACUAAUACAUUUACACGUAUAUGUUAUUAAAUAAACCAACAAACAAACGAAGAAAGAAAUUAUUUUUAAAAAAUAUACAAAAUUUACCGUACACAUAAUUAUUGAAAUGAC